AGACAAACCUACCUACUUGAGAGUUGAGAGUUGAGAGUUGAGACACCACCAUAUCCACCUUGUAAUUGUAACACCACCACCAUAUCCACCUUGUAAUUGUAACGAAGCUUUAGACUUUACUUAAUAAUAACUAAACUUACCCCAAUAAUAAUAAUAAAUAACAAUAAGCAAACUUAAUAUUAACAAGCCUCCCUCCCUCCCCCAAUAAAAUGAGACCAAAGCUUAGUCCUUGGGGUUGUUCCUUCCACAGAGUCGCAGUCACAGACGCUGCCCCCCUUUCUCAACACAAACGCACAGAACAGAAGACAGCGAGAGUGAGUAACCCAACAGCAACAUGCUCGAGUCGAAACUGAGGCUGAUCUAGUGUGUCCCAUGUUUUUCUCUGUCGUCCUCGUCGUCGGUAAUGUUUGAGCUCCCCCUGCCUGGGUCCUGGAGCUGGAGGUGAAUAGUUGUUGGUUGGGGGUUGCGAAGAUGAAUACUUGUGCUACUGGAGGUGGAGGUGGAGGUGGAGGUGGAGGUGGGGCUGCUGGGAUGACGGGAAUGAGGUCACCUUUCACAGUGUCUCAGUGGCAAGAGCUGGAGCAUCAGGCUCUGAUCUUCAAGUAUAUGAUGGCGGGCAUGCCCGUGCCUCCUGAUCUCGUGCUUCCUAUUCAGAAGAGUUUUGAGUCCAUUUCUCAAAGAUUCUUCCACCAUCCUACCAUGGGUUAUUGUUCCUUCUACGGGAAGAAGGUGGACCCUGAACCGGGACGCUGCAGAAGGACUGACGGAAAGAAGUGGAGGUGCUCCAAGGAUGCAUACCCGGACUCCAAGUACUGUGAGCGCCACAUGCACCGUGGCCGCAACCGUUCAAGAAAGCCUGUGGAAUCACAAACCAUGACACAGUCAUCGUCCACUGUGACAUCAUUGACUGUCACUGCGAGCAGCAGUGGAACUGGGAGCUUCCAGAACCUUCCACUGAAUGCCUUUGGUAACACCCAAGGAACUAGUUCUGGAACCAAUCAGUCUCAUUAUCAGAUAGACUCCAUUCCUUUUGGAAUCCCAAACAAAGAUUAUAGGUAUCUUCAAGGACUUAAACCCGAGAUUGGUGAGCAUAGUUUCUUGUCUGAUGCUUCAGGAAGCAACAGGGGUCUCCAGAUGGACUCACCACUAGACAGCACAUGGCCUCUGAUGCCAUCCAGAGUUGGCUCAUUUCCCGCAUCAAAAUCGGGUGAUGGCUCCAUUUUGCAUCAUGAUUAUCCACAGCAUUCAUUUUUCAAUAAUGCAUUCCCCUCAGAAUCUGUGAAACAGGAAGGUCAAUCUCUCCGACCUUUCUUUGAUGAGUGGCCUAAAGGCAGGGAUUCCUGGUCUGGUCUUGAGGAUGAGAGAUCCAACCAGACCUCAUUCUCUACCACCCAGCUCUCAAUAUCAAUUCCAAUGACUUCAUCUGACAUCUCUGCAACAAGUUCUCGAUCCCCACAUGGUGAGUUUUAACGUAGAAUUAAUUGAUGAUUCUAAAUACUGUGGUUAAAUUGUAAUGUUUUGCAGAUAGUUGAGGGAAGAGAAUCAUGCUUUGGGAAUUCUGGGCUUGGGAAAGUCGUAUGAUAUGCUUCAGAGAGUGCUUGAAGAGUCACUCGUGUUUGUGAAAGCUUUGGUGGUUACCUAUAUUUGUUUAAAAGUACAUUUGCAGACUCGAGUUUUAGGUCUGAAUAAUUCAAACAACAUGAUUCACAAGUAUGUAUGUAGGAUAAGGAUAUCCAGAACAUGAAAGAGCAACAUUUGUCGGUCUUGGCUUUGAUUUGUUGAUAUAUAUAUUCAAUGAACUGUCGUAAUUUUAUCAA